GAGCGAUUGAAGAAAACUACGAUUCCCAAGCUGCACUUCACUGCAUUUCCGAUCCUGCGCGGUUUCUUGGAGCGGAUUGCAACCCGGAGUCAGGAUUCAAUAAAUGUGUAGUCGUUUGGAAAACAGAUUGUCACGAUGACAGAGCAUCCAGAUGAGUUUAUCUGGUGUGAGGACUGUGGGCAGUAUCAUGACUCUGAGUGUCCAGAGCUGGGUCCAGUGGUGACUGUACAGGACUCAUUUGUUCUCAGCAGAGCACGGUCCUCUCUGCCGGAGAGUCUGGAGAUCAGACAGGUGCCAGAUGGGAAGGAGGGAGUGUUUGUCCUCCAACGUCUGGUCAAGAGGACCAGGUUUGGUCCCUUCGAGGCUAGGAGAAUAUCCCACCUGGACAAAGAAGGCCUGUUCCCUCUGAAGAUCUUCCAGAGAGAUGGCCUGGUAGUCUGUUUUGACUCAGCCAAUGAGGAUGACUGUAAUUGGAUGAUGCUGGUUCGGCCCGCCACUGACUAUCAGCACCAGAACCUGACUGCUUACCAGCAGGACGAUGAGGUCUACUUCAACACCUCCCAGGAUGUGCUGCCAGGGUCUGAGCUGAGGGUUUGGUAUGGGGCCUUCUAUGCCAAGAAGAUGGAGAGGCCCAUGCUGAAGGCCCCAGUCCAUCCACCACCAGCAGUUGUGGAUACCACCUCUACCAUGCCAGAGGGGGCUUUGAAUAAAGCUGGAGUGUCACAGGCCCUAGUGGUUGGAGAGAAUGAUGCAGACCACCUACUGAGCCACCUGCAGGAAGUGAAAGAUGUAGCCCCGCCCCCUGACGACCAGUCCCAGCAGCAGGAGGAAGCAGAACUGGUAACCCCUGACGACGGCCUCAGUGCUGAGCCCAUCCCUGCUCCUCCUCUGCCCGCUCCCAAAAGAAGGCUGGGCAGGCCGGGGAAGAGGGCCAAAGGAGGACGGAAACCUAGCACUGCAACUAUAGCAGCAAAGAAGAAAAUUGCAGCCUUUUUGGAGCCAGCGGAGAAAGCCCUCAACACAGUCCCUGCAGACGGAGGAGAGGCCAUGCUGGAUGGCAAUGACCUGGAGAUCGGCCCUGACGGGGUGGCUGUCACCAUGCCUAGGGUGACCCGCACCCUGCUCUCAGCUGGGAUGCCUGGGUCGAGGAAGAGGUUCCUGAGGCAGGGAGGAGACCAUAAGAGGCUGUACAAGUGCACCCUCUGCAACAAGGUCUUCCAGAACAGCAGCAACCUCAACAGACACAUUCGCUCCCACGGUGAUAAGCUCUUUAAAUGUGAUGAAUGUGACAAGAUGUUCAGCCGCAAGGAGAGCUUGAAGCAGCACAUCUCAUACAAGCACAGCAAAAAUGAGCCCGAUGUGGAGUACAGGUACAAAUGUAACACAUGCGACAAAGCCUUCCGCCUGGAGAAUGCAUUAGAGUUCCACAACUGUAGAACCGAUGACAAGACGUUCCAGUGUGAGAUCUGCUCGAGGUUCUUCUCCACCAACAGUAACCUGUCUAAGCACAAGAAGAAGCACGGAGAGAAGCUGUACGCCUGUGAGAUCUGCAGCAAGAUGUUCUACCGCAAGGACGUUAUGCAGGACCACCAGAAGAGACAUACUGUGGCAAACCCAAAGCACCUGAAGAGGGAAGAGCUGGAGGCCAAUGGGGAGGAAGGGACCAAAUACAGGAAGGAGCCUUCAGCAUGUCCUAUCUGUGGCAAGGUGUUUUCCUGCAGGAGCAACAUGAACAAGCAUCUGCUGACUCACGGAGAUAAGAAGUACACCUGUGAGAUCUGCGGACGCAAGUUCUUCAGAGUGGACGUCCUGAGGGACCAUAUUCACGUGCACUUUAAGGACAUAGCCCUGAUGGACGAGCAGGAGAGGGAGGAGUUCAUCAGGAAGAUUGGCAUCUCAGUGGACAGCAGCGACGACACUGAUGAGGAGGAUGAAGACUACGGACAAGAGACCCACAAGUACAGCUGCAAGAAGUGUCAGGUGACAUUCUUCAAGGGGAGAGACUACCUGAAGCACAUCAUGGACCUGCACAAAGAGAGGGGUUAUGGCUGCAUCAUCUGUAACCGGCGCUUCGCUCUGAAAGCCACCUACAACGCCCACCUGGUCAUCCACAGAGAACAGCUCCCAGACCCUGCAGUGCAGAGGUACAUCCACCCCUGUGAAAUGUGUGGCCGAAUCUUCAACAGCAUCGGCAACCUGGAGAGACACAAGGUCAUUCACACAGGGGUGAAGAGCCACGGAUGUGACCAGUGUGGGAAGUCGUUUGCCAGGAAGGACAUGCUAAAGGAACACCUGAGGGUCCAUGACAACGUCAGAGACUUCCUAUGUGCUGAGUGUGGGAAAGGGAUGAAGACCAAGCAUGCGCUGAGGCACCAUAUGAAGCUGCAUAAGGGCAUCAAAGAGUACGAGUGUAAGGAGUGCAACCGCAAGUUUGCCCAGAAGGUCAACAUGCUGAAACACUACAAGAGACACACGGGAAUAAAGGACUUCAUGUGUGAGUUGUGUGGGAAGACCUUCAGUGAGAGGAACACCAUGGAGACACACAAGCUCAUUCACACAGUGGGGAAGACGUGGUCGUGUGCAGUGUGUGAUAAGAAGUAUGUGACAGAAUACAUGCUCCAGAAGCAUGUGCAGCUGACGCAUGAGAAGGUGGAGGCCCAGAGCUGUCACAUGUGUGGCACCAAGGUGUCCACCCGAGCCUCCAUGAACCGCCACAUGAGGCGCAAACACCCCGAGGUGGUCACUGUGAGAAUAGAUGAGUUUGACGAGCUCCAAGAAGACUCAACAAUCGAUGAGUCAAGCAUCAGCAUUGUGCAGCCCACUCUAACCAUGGAGAAGGAGGCUCUUUCUGGGGAGAGACCCCAGCGGACCCCACGGCCGCCCAGGAAGAAGCAGAAACAGCUGGAGGAGCCGGAGCUGUCAGACUCUGACGAGUACGCUGACUUCACAGGCAAAGGAGUACAGUACACCACCACCAUAGUGGGAGAUGAGACCAGCUCUGCUGUGCAGAGUAUACAGCAGGUGGUGGUGCUGGCCGACCCCAACGUGUCCUCCGCCUCCUCCCCCAACAGCUCAGUGGGACUGACCAACAUCACAGUGACCCCCAUCACCACCCAUGCCCCUGCCCAGUUCACCAGCCUGCAGCCUGUAGCCGUGGGCCACCUGACAGCCAGCGACCACCGGCCCCUCACUCUGGACAGCUCCAUCCUCACUGUCACCUUCGACACGGUCAGCGGCUCCGCCAUGCUCCACAACCGGCCCACCGAGCUCACGACCGAGACGGUGGGGCCUGGAGGUGCCAGUACUGGGCCACAGUCGGUCGCCCACUUUAUCAACCUUACCACCUUCGUCAACCCAAUGGGCCACCCCCUGGAGGCCCCCACCCUGGCCUGGAGGCCUGUCACGCAGGCUGAGGGGGUCCAGGUCACCCCUAUAGCAGAGGGGGCUCCAGGUGACGCCCAGGACUCUGAGACCCAGACCCCAGAACAGGCUAGACAAGCCCAGGCAGCACAGCAACAGCAGGCCAACACAACACAGCAGAUGUUCAGCUACUAGACUGAAGGGAGGAGGUGCUGGUCACCUCAGUCCUGGUGAAGGACAGUGGAUAGACUAGACACAUGGAAGGCCUGUGUGGACUAGAGGCCUUGAAUGCUCUCACCCAAAUGCCUGUGUUAUAUUCCCCAGAAUACAUCCCUUGAAUGAGAACAUUGAUGGAGGAUGAUAGCAUUUACAUGAACCAAUAGCCACUUUCUCUUGAGUCAACGUGAGUUGUUUGUCAAAAACACUGCAGAGGAAGCUGUUGAACUGUAGUUUACAGGGAUGCAUGUACAGUUAAAAAUAAUUACAUGAUUUGGGUGCAUUGUUAGGUGUAGUUUUGACCAAUCAACAGAUCAAUGUAAUAGUUAUAAUAUAAACCUAAGCAAGAAAUUGAAUAUUCUAAUUUGUGAAUUUAAACAUGCACGUCUCGCAAUAUUUGCAUAUUUUCACUGCAGAAUUAUUUAGGUUAUGGAGAUGCAAUAGUGUUUGUUUGUUUUCAUUCUCAUUGGGGGUUAAAAUAUUAAGUGAUUUUGGCACAUGGAUUUGAAUGCCUUGUACAAGAGGUUAAUAGAAGACAAUGAAUUAUUAUUUUUUAGUAGAUAGUGUAAAGCAGCCAAGACACAGCAUUUAACCAGUAGAGAGAACCAUAUUUUAUUUUUAAAUGUCUGAAAGCAUUGAAACUUAAAACCAUUGUUGAGCAAUUGUCAAAAAUACUGGAAGCCUUUUCUAUUGCCAUUGUUUUUCAAUUAAAUUUCACAAAAAUGAAAUGUUUUUAGCCCAUUUUCUGUUUGUCUAAAUAUCAAUGUUUAAAUGGAGUAAUACAUUUUGAGAAUAUGGUACAUGCUUGUUUUCUAGACUUUUUGGCGUUAUGAUUUAUCCAACUGGGAAACUCGGCUGGCAUUGUGCUGGUGUCAGUGGUGUGUGUGUGUGUGUGUCAAAAGCACCAGUUAGUCUUUUUACAUUUAGCAGAUGCUCUUAUCCAAAGCGACUUACAGGAGCAAUUAGCGUUAAGUGCCUUGCUCAAGGGCACAGACUGUUUCACCUAGUCUGCUCGAACCAGUGACCGUUCGGUUAUUGACCCAACGUGCUUAACCACUAGACUAUGAACUGCCCACCUGUAGCUUACCCGGAGUCAGAACCUGGACCAACCAGAAGGGGGAGCUAUCUUCACAAAUACGAGCUCCUACAUAACAUGAGUUACAUGUGCAUUAGAUUAUGCAGAGACAUUCUGUCUAGGAAAGGUAUUUUGAAGGAAAAAUAGAGCGUUGGUCUUUAGUAUGUAUGGUUUUUGUUAUUGUCUCCUUCCACGGUCGGGCCAAGGUGUCCACCCUCAAGAAGGAUGAACCUCUACACUAGAUGGACCAUCACCUCAAAAGGCCCUCAUUCUCAGGGUUGACACCUUCAACUGUUAAUGUCCCUAUGUGAUGUGUCAAGUGUCUCUGUUCUCUAUUAGCCCCAAGCAUUAAGCUAUUUCUCUGUGGUGAUGUGCAUCACUAUGGUGUGAUGUAAGGCUGCCUCAACCUGCUAAGAUCUCAUUGUUUCCCACAUGUCCUAUUUACCUCUUGUAUGUUAAUACAAAUCAGGAUGUGUUCUGUAGUUCAAGGGGGUCUGGAAGCGCAGGUUGAGGGUUUCUAAAGUAAUUUACUAUUAGCAUUAACUUUGCUGAUUAACUUUAUUUGAGGAAAAAUGUACUUAAAUUGUAGUUGCCUCACCUAGCUAUUUUAAGAUGCACGCACUGAUUGCACGUCGCUCUGGAUAAGAGCGUCUGACAAAUGCAUUGUAAGAAAUGUUGUGGGGAUAUCCCUCUGAAUAUGUAAACGAAAACAAUUGUAUUUUUGAACCCAGUCAUUAAAAAUUGUACUUAAUUCAUGGACAAGCUACUAUGAACAAAAUACUUUUCAGUGGUAUAAAGUACAUACAGUGAGGGGGAAAGUAUUUGAUCCCCUGCUGAUUUUGUACGUUUGCCCACUGACAAAGAAAUUAUCGGUCUAAUUUUAAUGGUAGGUUUAUUUGAACAAUGAGAGACAGAAUAACAAAAAAAUCCAGAAAAACGCAUGUCAAAAAUGUUAUAAAUGUAUUUACAUUUUAAUGAGGGAAAUAAGUAUUUGACCCCUCUGCAAAACAUGAGUUAGUACAUGGUAGCAAAACCCUUGUUGGCAAUCAGAGGUCAGACAUUUCUUGUAGUUGGCCACCAGGUUUUCACACAUCUCAGGAGGGAUUUGGUCCCACUCCUCUUUGCAGAUCUUCUCCAAGUCAUUAAGGUUUUGAGGCUGACGUUUGGAAACUCGAACCUUUAGCUCCCUCCACAGAUUUUCUAUGGGAUUACGGUCUGGAGACUGGCUAGGCCACUCCAGGACCCGAAUGUGCUUCUUCUUGAGCCACUCCUUUGUUGGCUUGGCCGUAUGUUUUGGGUCAUUGUCAUGCUGGAAUACCAAUCCACAACCCAUUUUCAAUGCCCUGGCUAAGGGAAGGAGGUUCUCCCCCAAGAUUUGUCGGUACAUGGCCCUGUCCAUCAUCCCUUUGAUGCGGUGAAGUUGUCCUGUCCCCUUAGCAGAAAAACACCCCCAAAGCAUAAUGUUUCCACCUCUAUGUUUGAAGGUGGAGAUGGUGUUUCCUGGUGGUCAUAGGCAGCAUACCUCCUCCAAACACGGCAAGUUGAGUUGAUACCAAAGAGCUCAAUUUUCAUCUCAUCUGACCACAACACUUUCACCCAGUUGUCCUCUGAAUCAUUCAGAUGUUCAUUGGCAAACUUCCGACGGACAUGUAUAUGUGCUUUCUUGAGCAGGGGGACCUUGCGGGCGCUGCAGGAUUCCAGUCCUUCAAGGCGUAGUGUGUUACCAAUUGUUUUCUUGGUGACUAUGGUCCCAGCUGCCUUGAGAUCAUUGACAAGAUCCUCCCAUGUAGUUCUGGGCUGAUUCCUCACCGUUCUCAUGAUCAUUGCAACUCCACGAGGUGAGAUCUUGCAUGGAGCCCCAGGCUGAGGGAGAUUGACAGUUCUUUUGUGUUUCUUCCAUUUGCGAAUAAUCGCACCAACUGUUGUCACCUUCUCACCAAGCUGCUUGGCGAUGGUCUUGUAGCCCAUUCCAUUCUUGUGUAGGUCUACAAUCUUGUCCCUGACAUCCUUGGAGAGCUCUUUGGUCUUGGCCAUGUUGGAGAGUUUGAUUGAUUGAUUGCUUCUGUGUACAGGUGUCUUUUAUACAGGUAACAAACAGACACCAGGGAGACAAAUCUUUCUGAUUGAGUGGGGGUCAAAUACUUAUUUCCCUCAUUAAAAUGCAAAUCGAUUUCUAACAUUUUUGAAAUGCGUUUUUCUGGAUGUUUUUGUUGUUAUUCUGUCUCUCAUUGUUCAAAUAAACCUACCAUUAAAAUUAUAGACUGAUCAUUUCUUUGUUAGUGGGCAAAUGUACAAAAUCAGCAGGGGAUCAAAUACUUGUUCCCCUCACUGUAAGUAAGAAGACUAAAGUACUACUUGUUUUUUUGGGGCUAACUGUACUUUACUAUUCAUAUUUUUGACAACUUUUACUUCACUACAUUCCUGAAGAAAAUAAUGUACUUUUUACUCUAAACAUUUUCCCUGACACCCAAAAGUAUUCGUUACAUUUUGAAUGCUUCGCAGGACAGUAAAAUGUUCCAAUUCACGUGCUUAUCAAUAUUAUGUGCUAGUGUUGGAGUGUGGUCCUGGCUAUCUGUAAAUAAAAUAA